AUGGAAAUCGAGAACAUCGUGGCCAACACGGUGCUGCUGAAAGCCCGGGAGGGCGGGGCGGGCAAACGGAGUGGGCGUAGUAAAAAAUGGAAAGAGAUGCUGAAGUUGCCCCCUGUCAGUCACUGUGAGGGUAUUCGGUGCUCCAUUGAAAGAGACUAUAACCAGCUUUGUGACAAACAGCCAAUAGGAAGACUUCUCUUCAGGCAGUUCUGUGAUUCCAGACCAGAUUUGAAAAGAUGCAUUGAGUUUCUGGAUGCAGUGGCAGAAUAUGAGGUAUCUUCAGACGAAAAGCGCAUAGACUGUGGCCUCAAAGUUUUAGAGACGUACUUCACUAAUGGGUCUGCAGCACACUUGCCAGAAAUACCUCAGGAAACAGUAAAUGAAUGUAAAGCAAGACUGGAAAAGAACCCUUCCAAGGAUCUUUUCAUGGACUGUACUAGGAUUGUCCAUGAAUACCUAAGCAAAAGACCUUUUGAAGCUUACCAGGAGAGUGUGUAUUUUUCCCGUUUUUUACAGUGGAAAUGGCUGGAAAAGCAGCCAGUAACCAAACACACAUUUAGGCACUACCGAGUACUAGGCAAAGGUGGAUUUGGAGAGGUGUGUGCCUGUCAAGUACGAGCAACAGGAAAAAUGUAUGCUUGCAAAAAGCUAGAAAAAAAGAGAAUAAAGAAGAGGAAGGGAGAAUCAAUGGCUCUAAAUGAAAAAAGAAUUCUAGAAAAAGUGAAUAGUAGGUUUGUAGUUAGUUUAUCCUAUACAUAUGAGACGAAAGAUGCCCUGUGUUUAGUAUUAACCAUAAUGAAUGGAGGGGAUCUGAAGUUUCACAUAUAUAACAUGGGAAACCCUGGCUUUGAUGAAGAAAGGGCUAUUUUCUAUGCUGCAGAACUGUGCUGUGGUCUGGAGGAUUUGCAAAGGGAGAGAAUUGUUUACAGAGACUUGAAGCCUGAGAAUAUACUUCUUGAUGACUGUGGACAUAUCAGGAUUUCAGAUCUUGGAUUAGCUGUGCAGAUUCCAGAAGGUGAAACUGUCCGGGGACGUGUGGGGACUGUUGGUUACAUGGCUCCAGAAGUGCUCAAAAAUGAAAAGUAUACAUUCAGUCCGGAUUGGUGGGGUCUUGGCUGUUUGAUUUAUGAAAUGAUUGAAGGACAGUCUCCAUUCAGGAAGCAUAAGGAAAGAGUUAAACGGGAUGAGAUUGACCGGAGAGUAAAGGAAGACCAGGAAACAUACUCGGACAAGUUUUCAGAGGAGGCAAAAUCCAUCUGCAGGAUGUUACUUGCUAAGAAUCCAGGGGAUCGACUGGGUUGCACUGAAGGAGGAGCUGCUGUUGUAAAGCAACAUCCUAUUUUCAAGAACAUCAACUUCAAGAGGCUGGAAGCUAACAUGUUAGAACCUCCAUUCUUGCCAGAUCCACGUGCCGUUUACUGUAAAGAUGUCCUGGACAUUGAGCAGUUCUCAACAGUAAAAGGAGUGAACCUGGAUACCACAGAUGAUGACUUCUAUUCCAAAUUUGUGACAGGUUGUGUCUCAAUCCCUUGGCAAAAUGAGAUGAUUGAAACAGGAUGCUUUGAAGAUAUCAAUGCUUAUGAAACUGAUGGUACUGUGUCACCAGAGAGAGAGAAGUCUCCUAAGCCAAAGAGAGGCUUCUUUCACAGACUUUUUAGUGGAGAGGUAAGGGCCUUUCUUUUCUUUCAUAAGAAAAUUACCUUCCAUUCUUUUUUUUUUUUUUUUUUUUAAAUCUGUGAUAGGAAAACCAAGUUGUUCACUGCAUAAUGAAACUAAUGAAAUCUGUCUUGUUAUGGCUUUGCCCCUCCACUGCAUUUCAGAAAUUAUGGCAAUCCCUAUAACUCCAGGAAGCCUUCCUACCUCAGCGUUCUGUCCUCCUCUAGUUACCUGGGAAGAAGGUAGUGGGUUCUGUUAAAAGCUGUGCUGUAGACUUUCCUUUGCUAAAGAGGUUAAUUUGGGUCUUGCUUCUUAUAUAUUUUUACCAUUUUUAGAUGAAAAUUGUGGAUAUGUCUUCAGAUAUAAUUGAGGCCCUAUGAAAAAACAAGCAAUAAAUAAGUUUAUAAGCAAAAAGAAGUGUAUAUCCAAUAAAUAAGUAAAUAAGCAGAAAUAGCCCCAAAAGAAAUGAGAAGCAUCAUGAA